GUUGAAGUUGACAUAACCUGCAUUACACUCAGCAGAUGAUUUGCAACUUGACAACUAUUUGACAAAAUCAGAAGUACUUCACAUUAUUCUCAAUUUACAAUCUGUUCUUCAUUCAUUAAAUUCAAAACAAUGUUUAAACUGUCUACUUCUAUAAACUAGGAAGAUAUCUCCUUCAUAAGAUUUUUCUUGAGACAAAGUUCAAAGCUGAACAAUGGCUGGGUGUUCCCAUUUAGCAUCAGCAGAAAACAUUCCUAUAUCUACUUUACUGGCUUCUAAAGAGUUGAUUUGUUCUGAUUGCAACUGUCGUGGACCUAAUCUGUGGAUAUGUCUAUACAAAAACUGCCUUAGGAUCGGUUGUGGGGAGAAAUCUAGCGACCAUAGCACCACACACAAUGUGAACUACCCUAUGCAUUGUGUCCACAUGAACUUGUCGACUAGAAGAAUAUGGUGUCACGAGUGCAAGAGAGAAGUCUUCAUGGAGUCGGCACCUUAUAAUGAUAGCGAUCAAGAAACGGAAAGCUGUACCGCAAGGUCUAGAGAUUCUGGCCAUGGGAGUUACAGUACUCUACGAACCAACACGCCAGAGAGAGGUCAUUCUUUCGAACCUACUGUCGGGCUGAACGUCGGCAUGAGCGGCGACGCUUCCGACUCCAGUGACGGAGAAGACUACCACAGCUACCACCAGGAGAAACCUUGUGGCCUCGUCGGGCUGCAGAACAUCGGCAACACUUGCUACAUGAACGCAGCCUUACAGGCUCUCAGCAAUACUGAACCGCUGACGAAGUUCUUCCUAGAAUGCGCAUACACAGUUCACAUGCUGACGGAAGGAAAGAAACCGGGCUUGAGCAGGACUUAUCAAGCUCUGAUGAGGGAUAUCUGGGUGAAGAAAGUCAACCAGGGAUACGUGACGCCGUCAGGUAUCCUGCAAGGCAUCCGCAACGUUCAUGUCAUGUUUCGUGGCUUCCAACAACAUGACACGCAGGAGUUUCUACGCAACUUCAUGGAUCAGCUGCAUGAAGAGCUGAAACAGGUAGCACCGCCGGAGCCAUGUUCUACCAUCGACGCCGACACCUUCAGCCUAGCCAUGGAGGAACCGACAGCGUUCAAUUCCAACUAUGAUUCCAGUGAAGGAGAAUAUGAAACCUGCGAUUCUGGGGUGAGCGAAAGAUCGAGUCUUAGCGAUGACACUGAGAGGCCGGCGAGCGGGGCCAAACGGAGGUUGAGCAGAUGCGGCAGUCCGAAUCGCAAGCAGAGGCCGAGGGUGCAGAGCUCGUGCGUUAUUGACUCCCAACCGACAACGACCUCAUCCAGCCAGCAGCACCCCGCCAAAAAACAGGUCAAGCACCGCUCCAUCAUCUCGGACAUAUUCGACGGCAAGCUCCUCUCAUCCGUCCAAUGCCUAACGUGUAACAGGGUGUCGAGUCGCGUCGAGACGUUCCAGGAUCUGUCGCUGCCGAUCCCUUCGAAGGAUCACCUCGUUCUGCUACACGGUAGGUCGAGUGGGGGACAGGAGGCCGCGUGUAGCGACGCCCUCAUCCAGACACAGGACGGCUGGAUAUCGUGGAUACUCGCCUGGUUCAAGUCGUGGUUCUACGGGCCGACUGUCACGUUGCACGACUGCCUUGCUGCGUUCUUUAGCACUGACGAACUCAAAGGAGACAACAUGUACAGCUGCGAGAAAUGCAACAAGUUGAGGAAUGGUGUCAAGUUUAGUAAGGAAACAGGUUAUGACGAAAUCAAAAAUGGAGGAAUUAUUAUAAAGAUUGCUAAUGAGGAUAUUGAAAGCGUAACAGUGGUGAAGUAUUUGGGAGUAUUGAUUGACCAAGGACUAACAUUCAAAGAACAUGUAUUUAAAGUGAUAAAAACUAUCAACACUAAGUCCUUGACAAUAAUGGAAUUCCAACAAUUCUACAGGUUCUACUACUGUUCCGAACCGGGCCCGAUCGACAACUCCGACUUCCUGUGCCAACACGGCUCGGUCAGCCCCGACCGAGAUGUGGACAUGGACAAGAUCGCCAUGGUGGUACCGUAUGAGGUGUACGACUACCUCUUCAAAAAGUACGGCGGGUGUCCGCCUUUCGCCGGCCUGUCCGUGUGUCCAGCGUGCUCUGCUUUGCAGAAGAGGCUCCUGCUCGAGAUGGAGACGUUCGUGCAGGUCAGCAGGGAGGCGCAGAACCGUGACGCGCCCCAUACCCAUUUCCUUUCAACGUCUUGGUACACACAGUGGCACAACUUUGUUCAAAAACGUAACCAGGAACCGCCCGGGCCCAUAGAUAACUCCAAAAUCAAUUUAAAUCAACUCGAUCUGAACGAAGCGGCCGAUGUUCCGGAAUGCAUAUGGAACUUUUUCUAUAACAUCUACGGAGGCGGUCCGGAAAUCAGGAUAAAACCUACAUUAGAGGAAGAAGAAAGCGAAGAAGACAUUCCAGAACCCGAGGAAGCGUACGCUUUCGAACCACCUCGAAAACAUAGAACCGACAGUAUGUCGAGUUGUACUUCAGAGCAAGCCAGACAGGAACCGCAGUACGCGCGAAACUUGACCGACAAAAGUCACGGUGAACCAGUGGAAGUCCACGCGAAGCAUUCCGACGUUGCAAAAGAAGUCCAGAUGGAAAUCGUCCUGACAAAAUCCGAGACGAGUCAGGCCGAUGAGGACGCCACCGUUACGAUGCCAAAUAAUUCCGAAGACGGUAGCGUCGACGAUGAAACGAGCAAGGAGGCAGAGAAGGAAGUCAGGAGUAGCAAGAGGCAUCGACGGAGAAGGAAAAACUAGUCGUUUGAAGUGAGCAGAGUGGUGGUCGAUUGUUUCGAGAAGCUAGCUGAAUACCUUGCGUAAUGUACCUUUUCAAUCAAUUUUGGGUUCCAGUUGUACCAGUGAAGUCAGUGCCGGAGAAACUGUCUUUGCCAUCUACUAUAUUUGUUGUUACGUCGCUGUAGCUACAUUUUCACCGAGCAUUUUUUUAAUCAAGUAUACCUUGAAAAAAAAAUGUUUUUACUGUUUUCAUUUUUUUCCGAAACGUAAAAGUGGAAAUUUUUUGAACGGAAUAUAUUUCAUGUUUGUGUUGAUUUAUUUUGUUGAUGUUAUGGAAUUUGAUCAUGGUGAAAAUUGUUGAGUAUUAAUGUUUUAUGGUAUAUCGUUAAACAUGUUUUCUUGAUGUUUUUGAGGACUUCAACCUUUCGCAAUCGGAAAAACAAAUCAAGAUUAAUGGAGAACUUGUCCAAUUCUUAUGAAGGGCAAACUGAAAACUUCGCCCCAAAAAGUUGUUGCAUAAUAUAAACUCCCGCCUUGAUAAUCAGUAAUAUUCAUAAAUAUUUGCCUGAUUUUUUCCCUCCAACAUUCUCCUUUCUAUAAAUCAAGUUCUACUCAACGUAUAUUUCAUGUCGUUUUGUGUUGGUGUUGUCUCAGAAAUCUGCUUGUUACAAUGUUUUUUUUAAUAUGGAUCUAAUAUGUCUCAUGGUUUUCCAAAUAGUAAUAUUAUCAACAUGAAGAAUCUACUUUUCGAGUCCUGAUGAAGAAUUCAAUUAAAUUCGAAACUUUGGCAAGAAAACAAUGGGUUUAAAUAGAAAUUGAAGCUGUUACCCAACCAAAUUUUCUUCAGAAAGUUUUUUUUUAUCGAAUGAUUAGUUUCAAGGUCAAGUUUCUUAUCAUAGGUUUUAUUUUAUCUUCAAUUCGAAAGAUGUUUUUAUCUCUUCCCUGUAGACUUAAGAUCAGCUUGUCAAGUGCACUGAAGAUAGAAUAGAAUAGAAUUUAAUCAUCUGUAAAAGCAGAACAUAAUAUGUUACAAAAUAAUUUGGUCAUUACUACUUCAUUAGACUAGUCAACUAAAAUCAGAAUAUAUACCUAUUUAUAAGACUCUUCUACAUGCACAACCUACUUUCAACGCUAAAAUUUGUUAAAAAAGGUCAUAUUCAGUCAUUUAAA